AUGAAAUCUGCUCCAGAGCCAGCGACUAUCCAUGAUGUGGACGAGGACGACAAUAUUCUCUUGCACAGCAAAAGAUCAGCAACCCGAGUGACGAAGGCGACAUCAAUGUCGCCUCCCAGAAGCCAGAGCACGAUCAACUCAAGGCCGUCGCAGAAAUGCAUUUUCGGCAAGUCUAUCUGCAGAGGGCCUAUUGAAAACAUGGUCAAGGAAUAUAGUCCCAAUCGGGAUAAUCCCCUUACAAUAUUCACCCGGAGCCAAGAUCAAAGCCGGGAGCGCAACGAGAUUCCGGGGUACCGCUUCAGGAAAGUUUUCUUUACUGACGAGACCGAGAUUCUUCACCCAGAUGCGACUUACGACAGGGGCCGCUACGUGAGAUUGACUGCUUUUAUUGCUGAGAGGGAGAAGACCCACCCCGAUCCCAGGAUCUAUGUGGAACAGCGGGUUUACCAGGGCAGCCGGGAGAUGAUUAUGAUUCAUGAAUUGUUUUUCGGUGGAAUGAUCCAAGUCGGGGUUGAGUACGUGUUCACAGCCUGUGGUGACGAAGAUAUCCACCUGGGGAAGCGCGACCUGAGGCUCACCAUUAAAGCUCUACAGCAGGAUAUCUUUGACGACUACAUGCAUCGCGCAAAGUAUUACGGCUAUGAUCGCAAAGAUACUGUUUUUGUAAGCCAGUACUCCCUCUUGCAUGGGUUAACCUACACCAUACGAAAGCUCGGCAGUCGCCAAGAGUAUCCAUACUCGGUCUUUCUUGAAGCCGACGAUCUCCGGACCAUCCUUGACGCAAAGCGCAAGAUGCGAUCUGCUAUUGGUGCUGUACCUGCUGAGGGGAUUGAACUGCUGAAACUGCGUUUCCCGGGAUACGGAGAAUACACGGAGGACAAAAUGGACAGGGGUGACCUUGAUCUUCGGAUUGUGUAUAAGCUUUGA